CAAACUGCCUGCUUCUCCCGGAAGUGGAGCUUCCACUCCGAAUUGCUGCUCUGCGCCGCAGCUCUAGGGGCGCGCGCUUUUGGAAAGGGGAGGAGGGGCGGCAGGUAAAUCCCCCCCACCCACGUGGAUGUUGCAGGAAAGGAAAGGAGGAUCGGGAGCGAGGACAAAGAGGCAGUGUCAGAGUGACUGACAAGCUGAGAUACAAUCCAUCAGCAUCUGAUGACAGCGACUCCAUGAAUCUUCCCAGUCAAAGGACCCAUUUUCAUGAUAGACAGUGCCUGGGGCUGGAGGCUCUACACACUGGGUGUGCCUGUGCAGGCCAAAGACUGCCAGUAUUAGCACAGGUGAGGACUUCCUCUCUGCCCACUCUGAAGAAGGUGUUACAGAAGAAUGUCAGAAUUCCAGGGGACGGGAAUAGACAUUGAAAUGUGAGAAAUGUGGAAUAUGCUUCACUGAAUGAGCACACAUAGCUCACAUCAACAAACUCACAGGAGAGAAACCUUUUAAAGAUUUGAAGUGUGGAAAGAGUUUCACUGAUAGUGAAAAACCUAGAACACACCAGCAGACUCACAUGGGUAAGAAAGGAUUCCAAUGCAGGGAGUGUGGGAAGAGCUUCAGUCAGAGUGGAACCCUUAAAUUACACCAAAGGACUCACACAGGGGAGAAACCAUUUAAAUGUAUGGACUGUGGAAAGAGCUUCAGUCAGAAUGGAAACCUUAGAAUACAUCAACGUACACAUACAGGGGAGAAACCGUGUAAAUGCAUGGCUUGUGGAAAGAGCUUUAGUGAUAGUGGAACCCUUAGAAAACAUCAACAUAUUCACACAGGAGAGAAACCAUAUGGAGUGUGGAAAGAGCUUCAGUUUCAGUUCAAACCUUAGACAACAUCAACUGACUCACACAGGGGAGAAACCAUUUAAAUGCAUGGAGUGUGGAAAGAGCUUUAGUCAAAAUGCGCACCUAACUUUACACCAUCAAACUCACACAGGUGAGAAACCAUUUAGAUGUAUGGAGUGUGGAAAGAGCUUCUUUCAGAUUGGAAACCUUAGAAUACAUCAACGGACUCAUACAGGGGAGAAACCAUAUACAUGUAUGGAGUGUGGAAAGAGCUUCAGUCACGAUGCAGGCCUUAGAUCACAUCAACGGACUCACACAGGAGAGAAACCAUUUAAAUGUAUGGAGUGUGGAAAGAGCUUUAGUUACGAUGCAGGCCUUAGACAACAUCAACGGACUCACACAGGGGAGAAACCAUAUAAAUGUAUCGAGUGUGGAAAGAACUUCAGCCAGAGGGCACACCUUAGACAACAUCAACGGACUCACACAGGAGAGAAACCAUUUAAAUGCAUGGUGUGUGGAACAAGCUUUAGUUAUGGUGGAAGCCUUAGAUCACAUCAAUGGACUCACACAGGAGAGAAACCAUUUAAAUGUAUGGAGUGUGGAAAGAGUUUUACUUACGAUGCAGACCUUAGACAACAUCAACGGACUCACACAGGAGAGAAACCAUUUAAAUGCAUGGAGUGUGGAAAGAGUUUUAGUGUUAGUGGAAGCCUUAGAACACAUCAACGAACUCACACAGGGGAGAAACCAUUUAAAUGUAUGGAGUGCGGAAAGAGCUUCAUUCAGAUUGGACAACUUAGAACACAUCAACGAACUCACACAGGGCAGAAACCAUAUAAAUGUAUCAAGUGUGGAAAGAACUUCAGUCAGAGUGCACACCUUAGACAACAUCAACGGACUCACACAGGAGAGAAACCUUUUAAAUGUAUGGAGUGUGGAAAGAGCUUCAGUUAUAGUGGAAACCUGAGAGUACAUCAACAGACUCACAUCGGUAAGAAACGAUUUAAAUGUAUGGAGUGUGGAAAGAGCUUCAGUUAUAGUGGAAACCUUAGAACACAUCAGCAGACACACAGGGCAGAAACUGUUUAAAUGUAUGGACUGUGGAAGGAGCUUCAGUCAGAGUGGAAGCCUUGAUUUAUGUCAACAAACACACAAAAGACAAACCAUAUAAAUAUCAGGAAAGUAGACAGAGGUUCAGUCCUAGUGGAAUCCUACAUCUACAGACUCAUGGACAGGAAGAACUUUAACAGUUGACACCCUAUAAACCCAUCAACCCUCAAAGAGGAGAAGCUGUUUAAAGGGAAAGAUUGCAGAAAGUGCUUUAGUUAUAAUGGAGUGUUUAAGGAACAUCUAAGAGCCAGUGUGGUGUAGUGGUCAAGAGUGGUUCGUAAUCUGGGGAACCGUGUUUGCGUCUCCGCUCCUCCACAGGCAGCUGCUGGGUGACCUUGGGCCAGUCAUACUUCUUUGAAUUGUCUCAGCACCACUCACCUCACAGAGGAAGGGAAAGGAGAAUGCUAGCCACUUUGAGACUCCUUCGGGUAGUGAUAAAGCGGGAUAUCAAAUCCAAACUCUUCUUCUUCUUCUCAGAGUGGAGAACCCAUUUAAAUGUAUGGAGGGAGGAACGUGUUCCUUUCAGAGUUUACUCUUCUUCACAGCAAUGAACUUAGCAGAAAAUCCAUCUUCAAAGCAUGUCAUGUAUUUGUUCUGCUGUUUAUAUGUAAAACUGUAUAGUAAUGAAAUAAUGAAGGUAAUAUCCCACAAUAAUGAGUAUAAUUUUAGAUGUAAGGUACCUUUUGAUAGUGAGGGGGAGAGGGUGAAUCUGUAUUUCUGGUGGUGAGUGAGGAUUAGGGCUGGGCAUAUAUUGAUCUCAUCCUAUACCGGUUUCUAGACUACAUUGUGAUAACCUUUGGAAAACAAUGGAUAUGGCAAUACACCACGAAUCACAGUGUGUGUUUCUGGGAUGCACAUUUGCCUCAAAGCAGCCGGCAGAAAGCUUUGCUUCAUGAAGGGCUUCUGGCUGAUCGCUCGCCAUCACAGUUGGAGAUCUCUUUAUCGGAGGAGACCUCGGUAUAUCAAAGGCAG